AUGCCGUUUCCAUUUGUGUUGCCCACCACUUCUGCCUUCUCAUUCCCCUCUAGCAUCACCAGCAACUCUCAUCCCUCGCUGCCUCUCCAGGCCAGUACUCGGAGAGGUGUAGUACGCGAUACGCUCAAGAAGUAUAAGCGCGUACCCCCAGCGUCCCAGGCAUCAUCGCUCCCAAAUGUUAUUUCCUCUCUAAGGAGUUAUAUUCCCUACCUCUGUGCCCUCCAUGCUGGCUUAACGCACCAUCCUGUCCACGGUGAGGACGUCUCACUCAUCGUCAACUCACCGCCACAAAUCGAAUGGCGUCCAACGCUUUCCCGUAACACCAUCCCUGGCCGCGAGCCUCCUAGGGUCAAGAUCCAGUCUCUGUCUCAGGAACUCCUCUUCACCCUCGCUACCCUCGCCAAUGCCUAUACUCUCCAAGCCCGUGCUGCCCUCCAUCCUCUGUAUCAAACCACCACUGCCCCGCCGACCCCAGAGCAGCGAACGAAUGCCAUCACAACCGCAACGCGUCAUCUCCUCGACGCAGCCUCCAUCUUUGACUACCUUUCCCAGCAGCAAGGCCUCCAUCAAGCUGAAUCACCGCCUCCAUGUCCGGAGAUCCAUCCCUCUUUUCUUCUAGCCCAGCGAUCGCUUGCCCUCGCUGAAGCAACCCUCCUCGCCGUGGCGAAGGACGACCCCUACCCGGCCGUCGUGGCUCUAGCCCGCAAUCCGCACGACAAGGAGUGGAUGUUUAAAGCACCCGACAUCCCCAAGGUCCGGGUCCAUUUGUUCGCCAGACUGUGUCUUGCAGCAGCAGAGCAUGCUACGCGGGCGAUGGGGUGUAUUGCUUCUAUCAAGGGGACAGUCAGCGAGGAGUUUGUCAAGUAUCUUGAGGACUUGCGGCGCACGAGCCGGGCAAGGGCAUGUCGGUUCUUCGCGAUUGAUGCUGAACUGGCAGGUGAGACGGCGACGGGCAUUGCGUGGUUGAGGGCUGGAUUGGCAGAACUGGGAAUUGAGAGGAAAGGGGAUGAGGCUGGAAAGACUGGGGGACUGGGGCUGAAGGGCCUGAAGAAGGAGUGGAGUGAGAGGAGAGAGGACAAAAAAGUGGAAAGGGGGCUGGAUUGGGGCGCAGAUGCGGGCAGGUUGGAGGAGAGGAGAGUGAUUGAGAUGCUGGAGGGCAAGUGGGUAAAGCAAAAUGAUAUGAUGUUCACAAAACCAAUCCCACCAUUCGGUCCGUUGCUGGCACAAAUGCCCUCUGGCCGUGAAAUUCAUGCCAUCAAGCCAUAUCAGCCACCAAUCCUGAGCCUGGAAGAGCUGGAUGCCAUGCGUGCACUGCCUCAGGAGAGGACGGAUGAAGUCGGUCACGAGGCCAGUUCUGACGAAGGAGCACCAGAGCCGUCGCAAGUCGGCGUCUUCUCAGUGAAACCGGGCGACUAUAGAACUGGCACGCCCAAUUACUUCUGA